GCUGCUUAUAUCUGAUUCUACCUUCAGCCUCUCAUAUUCCUUAACUUUAAUUUGAUUUUAUCAAACUAACCUUGCUGAUUGAUCCCCUCUACCAUCGUUAUUACCAUAUUUACUCUGAUUCGACCUUCAGCCUCUCGUUUUCAUUCACUCUCAAACUAGUUACCGUUUGCAUCUAAUUCUACCUUCAGCCUUUCAUAUUUCUUCAGUUUGGUUCUCUCAAACUAAUCUUGCUGCUGCUUGAUCCUCUUCAAAUUUCGAUUUUCUUGAUCACCAUUUCGUUUGUUCUGCUUCUCCCAAGUCGUUCUUUUCCUUAUCUGAAAAAUCUCUGCUUAUUUCUGUUCCUCAUAUCACAUCCCUUCAAAAAAAUUACGUCCUUUCUCUUCUAUUCUCUCCAACUGUUUUCUCACUUAUACUCUUUUAACAUUUGAUUCAUUUAGCUUUUCUCUUGUUGCACAUAUAUUUUCUCAACCUCCCUAAAAAAAAAAAAAAAAGAAAAAAAAAAGGAAAAAAGAAAAAAAGGGGAGGAAAACAGAAUUAGAAGAUGGCCCAGUAUGGUACUGCUGUUGCUACUGCUGUUGUUGGCAAAGUUACAGAGAAGUUGUUUGAUCGAAUUUUAAAGCUAAUAUGGAGCCCAAUCACUCGCGUGUUCAAGUGGAAGGCAAACAUCAGGAAUCAGACGAAAAAACUUGGGGAGCUGAAGGAUGAAAGCAAGAGGGUGCAGCAGUUUAUUGACGCUGCUGAAAGAAGAGGAGACGAGGCUGGAUCGAAUGUCAAAAAUUGGCUGGAUAGAGCAGACAAGUUCAUUGGAGAGAUGGAGAAGUUAGGGGAUGACGAAGCCAACGCGGAGAAGAAGUGUUUUGCUGGAGUUUGUCCUAAUUGCAAGGCCCGUUACCAAAUUAGCAAGAAAGCAGAGGAGAAUCUGGAGGCUAUUGCUCAACUCUUGAAAGAAGCUGCUAAAUUCAAGAUCCCAGAUUCCUACCGCGCUCCUGCACGGGCAAAAUAUGCAACACCAGUUGAAGGUUUUGUGGACUUUGGUUCAAGAAACUCUGCUUUGAGUGGUAUUAUGGAGGCCUUGAGAAGUGCUACUGUUCACAAGAUAGGCCUGUAUGGGAUGCCUGGUGUCGGCAAGACCAUGUUAGCCCAAGAGGUUGCCAGGCAAGCUACAGAAGCCCAGUUGUUUGAUGAAAUAGUUAUGGUUUCUGUGAAGAAGAAUCCAGAGCUGAAAAGAAUACAGGGAGAAAUUGCAGAUCAAUUAGGUGUACAGCUUCAAAGGGAGACUGAAUCUGGAAGAGCCGAUCAACUAAAGGAGUAUUUAAAGAAAAAGAAGAGGAUUCUUGUGAUUUUAGAUGAUAUCUGGACGAGGCUGGAUUUGGAUGGACUUGGAAUUCCUUUUGAAGACAAAAAGAAUGACGCAAGUUUAAUUGGAGAAGAAAAGAUGCAAUGCAAGAUUCUGCUCACCUCUAGAGAUUUCAAUGUUUUAUCAAGUAUCAUGCAUACUCAUACAGAUUUCCCACUUGGCCCAUUAGAAGAUGAAGAACCAUGGGAGCUUUUUAAGAAGAUAGUUGGCCAUGAAAUUGAGAAGCCUGACUUGCGACUUACCGCACUGGAGAUUGCCAAAGAAUGCGCUGGGUUGCCCCUGGCUGUUGAAGUGCUUGGAAAUGCAUUGAAAGGUAGGCCUCCUCAUGCGUGGAGAGAUGCUCUGCGAGAACUGCAAAGGCCCUCACCAGCCAAUUUCGAAGGCCUGUUGGGACGCAAUGCUUCUAUUGAAGACUUGAUUAGAGUUGGUGUCGGCUUGGACUUAUUCCAUAAUGUCAAGACAAUAGAAGAAGCACGAGACAGAGUACAAACAUUGGUUAGUGAUUUAAAAUCUUAUUCUUUGUUGCGUGAUGCUCAUAGCAAUAUUCAAUUUGAUAUGCAUGAUAUUGUCCAUGAUGUCACUGUAUCAAUUGCCUCAAGGGACCACCACUUCAAAUCAUUCAAGGAUGACCAUGUACCGAAUUGGGAGGAAUUGAGAAGUUUCAAAUGGAUUAGUCUAGAGAAUGUUGAUAUUGGUGAGCUCCCCGAUCAGUUGGAAUGUCCGCAGCUUACCUUAUUCUUUUUGAGCAGCAAGGAUCCUUGUAAGAAAAUUCGAGAAAACUUGUUUUUGGGAACUCAAGAACUUAGAGUCUUGAGUUUCACUAAUAUGCAUCUCUCAUCCUUACCUUCAUCUCUUUGCCUUUUAAAAAACCUUCGUACAUUACUCAUUAAUGGAAGUGUUUUAGAAGAUGUGGCUCUUAUUGGGAAAAUGGUUUGUUUGGAAGUCCUAAGCCUUUCAGGAUGUGAUAUUGGAGAAUUGCCAAUGGAGAUUGGACAGCUAACCCAGCUAAAGCUCUUAGAUUUGAGUGAUUGUAUCAAACUCAAAGUGAUUCCACCACGUGUUCUAGCAAGUUUGUCAAGACUAGAAGAGCUAUAUCUCGGAAACAGCUUUGAUCAAUGGGACAUUGUGGGAGAAAAUGGAAAUCAAAGAAAUGCUGGCCUCAGUGAGUUUAAGGAUUUGAGUAACCUUGCUGCUUUGGAUAUACAUGUAUGUGAUGUUCACCUUAUACCAGAAGGCUUCUUUUCUCAAAGAUUGGAAAGAUACAAGAUCUUCAUUGGAGAGGUGGGGAACCGCUGGGAUAGUUCCUUCAACAGCUCAAAAAUAUUGAAGCUGCAACUGAAUACAAGCAUUAGUUAUGAUCAUUCAAUUGGCAUGUUGAUGAAGAAAACAGAAGAACUACAUCUUGAGGGAUUGAAAUCUAUCAAUCAUGUAGUUAAUGAGUUAGAUGCUGAAGGUUUUCAAGAAUUGAAGUAUCUUUAUGUCCAAAAUGCUCUUGAAGUCAAACAAAUCGUUAACUCAGUAGAGUAUGCAUUUCCCAUCUUGGAAGUACUUUUUCUUCGGAAUUUGAGUAGUUUGUUGAAGAUAUGCCAUGGCAGCCUUGGAGCAACGUCUUUUAGCAGAUUAACAACCAUAAUUCUUGAAUGUUGUAAUCAGCUGAAGAGUUUGUUUCCAUUCUCUGUGGUUAGACAGCUUCUUCAACUCAAAGAAAUUGGAGUAAUGGACUGUAGCAACAUGGCAGAGAUUGUUGAUGAAGAAGGGCAAGGAGGCAACUCAAAUAUUGCAGAAGCAAAUCAAAACUUUGAGCUUGUCCAGCUACGCUCCUUGAAAUUGCAACGUUUACCAAACUUCAUCAGAUUAUGGCAUGGAAAUGAAGAAAUAAAUGAUACAAGCUCCAACCUCACACCACUUUUCCAUGAAAAGUUGAAGUCUGUGGGAGUUGCAAAUUGUCCGCAGCUCCGACAUAUGUUUCCAGUUUUAGUGGUUAUGGGCCUUCAACAACUUGAAGAGUUACAUUUAGCCAAUUGUGGGAUAGAAGAGAUAUUUGAAAUUGGGGAUUUAGACAACAAAGAGGCACAUGUAUUCAGUUUGUUGCAGUUGAAGUCUGUGAGAAUUGCAAAUUGUCCAAAGCUCCGACAUAUGUUUCCAGUUUCAGUGGUUAUGGGCCUUCAACAACUUGAAGAGUUACUAAUAGCCGAUUGUGGGAUAGAAGAGAUAUUUGAAAUUGGGGAUUUAAACAACAGAGAGUCACAUGUAGUAAGCAUCCCAUUAAGAGAAUUGUAUAUUAUGAAUCUACCAAGAUUGAAGAAUGUGUGGACAGAGGAUCCCAAAGGAAUUCUCACCUUUUUGAAGUUGAAGUCCGUGAGAGUUAUGAAUUGUCCAGAGCUCCAAUAUAUGUUUCCAGUUUCAGUGGCUUCGGGACUUCAACAACUGGAAGAGCUAUGGUUAAGCAAUUGUGGGAUUGAAGAAGUUGUAGCAUUCGGUGGAUUAGACAAAGCAGUUCAUAUGUUUGAGUUUCCAAGUUUAUCUACACUUCAGCUGUCCUCUCUAUCAAAACUGAAAUAUCUGUCAAUGAGGGGGACCGACGAAUCCUUCCUCGCAAGUAAACAAGGUUAGGGUUCUAUCUGAAUAAAAUUUAAUAUACCUA